AUGACUAAGUCACCGGGAAAGGUUACUGAAGAUCCGUCUCCAGGCAAGUUAAAGAGGGUUGUUGCGUCUGACAAGGGUGGUGGUUCAAAAUCCAAGAAACAGAAGUGUACUGCAAUUGUAAAGGUUGAGUCGAAGGUGGUUCCGAUGACUCAGCAUCUUCGAACAAGAGAUCGUAUUCAUACCUCGAAAACAACAACAACUUCAACACCUCUGGAUGUUGAUGAUGAUAGUGGAGAUUCCGGAUCUGGGAACAGAGACUCUGUAACUCAUCAGGGGUCAUAUCUGUAUGCUGGAACGGGUGCUGGUGCCUCAGGAACUGCAAAAGGUCGACAUGCAUUCCAGUUGGAAGAAAUGGUGGAGGAUCCUGAGGAUAUAAGACUAGCCUUCAUGAAAAGAUAUGAAGAACACCGUCAGAUUGUGUAUGCUCGUGACCGGAAGUACCCGAAACUCAAGAAAUGUGCGCUGGCUCCGUACGACAACAGGGUUGCUUCUCUUGCUGCAGCCAACAGACACAAGGUGAUCUCCGUCAGGAACUUCAAUGAGAUGUGUAUUCUGAAACUGGGAGUAGAGACUUAG